AUGCGUCUUCAUCAACUCGUAGCUGUAGCUUCUGCCUUGCUACUGCUAGUACAAAGUGCAACCGCUGAAGUUACUUCUAAUGGCAAACUCCGGACCGAUACGGCCGUCCAGGGGGGUUUGAGGGCGCACAGGGCGACGACAGACGAGGAAGAGAGAGCUCUCCCCGUCUCGGGCUUGGAGACGCUUUCCAGCACGUUGAAGUCGACUACCACUAUCGAUGACGAACUCAAGGCCUUGCUCGCGAAAGGAGAGAGCGCGGACGACGUGUUCAAGCGGCUGGCUCUAAACAAGGCGGCGGGCGGUCUUCUUAGCAACCCGAAGCUGCAGCAGUGGAUCGACUACAUGAAGCUCGCCAACAAGCAGAACCCCAAGAAGCAGACGAGCUUGAUUUCGACGUUGACGGCUCACUAUGGAGACGAUGGCCUGGCCAAGAUCAUCGAGUCGGCCAAGCUAGUUCCGGACACGGGAACUUUCGCGAAACGCCUUCAAACCGAGCAGAUGUACCGCUGGAUGACGCAAGGAGAAGCUCCCAAGGAUGUCUUCAGGCUGCUGAGACUCAACAAGGCCGGCUACAAGCUCUUCGAGAUGCCCCAGGUGAAUGCCUGGAUGAAGUACGUGGACACGUUCAACAAGAAAUAUCCUCGCAUGAAGACGACGAUGUACUCGGAGUUGAGAAAUCGGUUUGACGAGGAAACGCUGGUGGAAAUGCUCAUCAAGGCACGGAGCGUUCCGAGUACGGAGGCCAUCGCAACGCGGGUGCAAGCGGAGCAGACGCUGCGCUGGCUGAACACGGGGAAAUCGCCCGAAAGCAUCUUUACUCUGCUGAAAUUUAACAGCGCCAAGCAGAAGGACACUCUACUCGAAAACCCGCUCUUCGUCUCUUGGCUCAAGUACACGGACGACUUCAACGAGAGGUACCCGAGACGCGAAGACCUUGCGGUCACCUCGAUGUUGGAGCACUUUUCAUCUGACACCUUGGCGAAGAUGGUGGUGGACGGAAGCAAGAGCCCAAGCAUUCAAAGUAUCGCCAAACGACUGGAUACCGAGAUGUUCUUGGCUUGGAACAAGAAAGGAGACGCCCCAGGAACUGUGUUUACUCUGCUGAAGCUGAACAAGGCUGGGGAUAACCUGUUCGAUAGCCCGCUUCUAACUAUGUGGCAGAAGUACAUUGCGUUCUUCAGGGAGAAGAACCCCAGCCAGCGAGUGAACGAGCUGUCGAUCUUGAGGAAACACUUCAACGACGCAAACCUGUCCAAGAUGUUGCUGGACGCGGAGAAGGUGCCCAGUACGAAGGCUUAUGCGUCGGACCUGCUGGAUGAUCUGCUCAUUCGUUGGAUGGCGGGUGAGACGGACCCCCGCAAGGUCUACGCGUGGCUUCGGGUUGAGGGUUCUGCUGAAUAUGACGUGGCCAGGGGUCUCUAUGACUCGUACGUCAAGUUCUACAAGCAACACACUGCACUAAAUAGCUGA